AUGGGAUGUCCAAUGAGCAAAAGAGUUCAGACAUCGUCUGAGACAAGCGCAAGUCCUGUUCAAACUACUCACAGUUCAGCCAGUACUCCAGGUAAAACUUAAUAAAUUUGAAUAAAUUUUUUGAAAAAACUAAAGUUAAUACAGAGACCUUAAAUUUUCAAUCUAUUGGAUUUGAGUUGCAUUGCACACUGAUGCGGCACCUAGAAGUUACCAGCAACAACCCUAUAAUUGUCUGGAGAUUGCUAUAUUGUAAAAGAGUGACCCAACUACUGACCAAUGGUGCUUGCUUGAAAUUAAGAUUUAAAAACUGCUCAAAACAUCAAAAUGCUUUUAAUAUUUUUAGUUGCAUGGCAGCCGAGCUAAGGUCAGACCUUAUUUAAAGAACAAAUCCUUAAGCGUAUAUAAUUAUUUUAAAUUAAAUCCCUUCCUGACUACUAUAUAAAUGUCACCUAGCUGUCUGUUUCAUUAUUAACUGGCUAACCAUUUUCUUUGCAUUUUACAUGUUUUGAGUUUAAGUUGAAUACAGUGUAAUAGAAUUGACAAAAGUUAUUGUACAUUUCGUCUGCAUGUCACGAUCAGUACUUGGAGACGCAAUUCUUUCACGGUCCAUUAUUAGUUGUUAUAAGACUUUUUUUAAAUUUUACAACAUCCUCGUUAGUCUUAUUAGACCACCCAUUAAGAUAAUUCUGAGUGACACCAUUUGUUGGAUAAUUGUCAUUGUUGAGUUUUAAUUUCUAAUAAAAUAAAAUGUCUGAACCCCUAAUUAUUAUAUUGGGUAAUCUAGCUAUAUCCUCAGGACUUCCUUAAUUAAUUAACAACUUAGCAAAAUUUCUUGCCAUGGUAAUAGACAGUGUAAUUACCAGACAACUUACACUUUCUGUUACAUAAUUUAGUUGUCAAGGGAAGAAUCUUAGAUUCAUGCAUAUUUUGAGCUUCUUCAGCUCGAUAGAACUAAUUAUCACAGUACGUGCUACCUCUCUCCUCCGCAGAGGCUUUAGUUUUCUUAGGAUUUAAUAUUACGAUGAGAUACAUUUCACUACACUUUACAUGGCGGAUCUUGGAACACGAGCGUAGCCGCUGGGCGAAGAGACGUGCUACUAGAUGGGUUUUUAGUAGCUGGAAUUCUUAAAUGAAAAUUGCAAUGAAAAUACAAUUUUAGACCUAUUAAAAUUAAACUGGGUGUGUAAUCUAACUAAAUGUGCAUUGCUGGGCUGCAGGUUUGAUUCCUGUCAAACAGGCUUAAAAUUUGUAUUUUUUACAGCUGGUCCCGGGUCCCGGUUUGGUCUAAGAUUGUAUAUAAAUUUUCGUUCAAAAAUUCCGAAUUGGCUGCUGACACCUUUGCCUGAAGGGUAAAAUUAUGUGGCAUAAUUAGGCUGACCAAAAAUGAAAGAAGGCCCAUAUAGUUUAACUAAUAUGGGUGUACAAGUUAAGUCUUGUUUGAUUGAAAUUGACAAACACUCUCCCCUCAAGGAAAGUGACAAAGUAGGGUCAUAAGGAAAGCAUUUAUAUUGUUUAAGUGUAAUCCCCUUUGAUGUAGGGAUCUGCCCACGGUGGGCAGGGCCAGACAGCAGUUCUCAAGCUGACUUCUUCGCCAGGCACUUGAAUUUUGAAAGAUUUCCAAAAUGUACAGUACUGAGGCCCAUUCCACUCAAGAAAAUUUUCUGAAAAUAUCAUUGUUAAAAGUUGAAAAUUUUCAACCUCAAAAUUUAAAAAAUUUUCAACCUUAAAAUUUUUUUCCAACGGAAAAUUUGUGUUGGCAAAUCACAUUUUACAAAAUUUUCUUUCUGCAGGAAAUUGGGUUAAUAUGCCUGUGUGUCUACUUAUACCCACUAAAUUGCACUGCACCUCAAUGUCUCCUGCUGGCUUAAUUAAUACUUCAUUCUGUCCAAUGCCAGAUGAUUUUACUUACCUAUUGAGUGUCAGUCAGCAGUAUGUCUCCCCAAGUAAAACCCUCUUGCAGUGAAAUAAUAAAAUACUAGCAUAAAAACAAUUGUUACGCCGGCCAGUAAUACACUUUCACUUGUUCAGAUUGGACAAUUUUUAGGAAAAUAUUGGUUGAAUGGGUCAGGGGCCGUAUGGGGUAGCAUUCAGGACCAAAGGUACCUCAGCCACUCACAUGGUCCUGGGCAGAUUCCUGUAUAUAAAUUAACUUUUGAACUAACAUUGGCGCCAUAUAUAUCAUUACCAUCUAAUUUAGAGAGUGUAUUGCAUUUUGUUUUAUCAUUCUCAUUCUAUUUUGUGGCAGAUGAAAAUAGCAAUGGUGUUCAGAGGCAACUGCAGAUCAGACGACCACUGUCAAAUUAUGAUAACUGCAGCAAUAAUGGA